AUGGACAUUCCCCGUGUCCACUUUCUGCAUGACGUCUGGCGCAGUUUGGGCUCCGCAAAGUCGGGUUUCAUGUCUAAUGCAACACUGGGGCUUACCGAAAACCCGAACUCGCUCCCGGCCAUUCGUGAAUACCUCGGCCUUCUAAGUCGAGAAGGGGAUGGGCUCUUUACAAUUCAGCCCCUCUAUAACAACCAGGUGGAGUUUGAUAUCGGCUUGACUAUCGGAUCAAACUAUGCGGGCGUGUUCGGGGAUGAACAUUUCACAAAGCUCCAAGCCCUUACCACGCCUUUCGUGCCCAACAAGAAGACGAAGUGA